GUGCUACGUACUUUGUGCUUAGUGCUCGGUGCCUAGUGCUCCGUGCACCGUGCCCGGUGCUCCUUGCUCCGUGCUCCGUGCUUAGUGCUCGGUGCCCCUUGCUUCGUGCUCCGGGCCUGGUGUUUAAUGCUACCUACUUCGUGCUUAGUGCUCCGUGGUUAGUGCUCGGUGCUCCUUGUUCCGUGCACCGUGGUUAGUGCUCGGUGCUCCUUGUUCCGUGCACCGUGGUUAGUGCUCGGUGCUCCUUGCUUCGUGCACCGUGCUUAGUGGUCGGUGCUUCUUGCUCGGUGCACCGUGCAUAGUGCUCGGUGCUUCUUGCUCCGUGCCCCGUGCGUGGUUUUCGGUGCUUAGUGGUCGGUGCUCCGUGCUGGGUGUUUGGUGCUCCGUACUCGUUGCUCAGUGCUCGUUGCUUAGUGGUAGUUGGCCGGUGCCCGGAGGUUUGGGAGUGUUGGUGGGCACUGUGCAAUUGGCGAUGCCCGCGGGCAGCCUGUUGCCGCUGUUCAGCGGCCCGUCGGGGGGGAUCGGGGCGGGCCCGGGCGGUGGGCCCGGCCCGGGGGUCGGGCCCGGCCCGGGCGGCAGGAAGGGCCCCGGCCCCGGAGCUUUCCGCCUCACCGAGAAGUUCGUCCUGCUGCUGGUGUUCAGCGCCUUCAUCACCCUCUGCUUCGGGGCCAUCUUCUUCCUCCCCGACUCCUCCAAGCUGCUGAGCGGCGUCUUCUUCCACUCGGGGGCCGGGGCAGGGCCCGGGGGGCAGGGAGACCCGGGGAAGCCUUGGAGGAGGAACCAGGACCAGGACUGGCACCGCUUCCAGCCCCCGCUGCAGCCUCGGGACCAGCCUCAGCUGCAUCCCCAGGACCAGCCUCAAUUGCAUCCCCAGCUGCAUCCCCAGGACCAGCCUCAAUUGCAUCCCCAGCUGCAUCCCCAGGACCAGCCUCAAUUGCAUCCCCAGCUGCAUCCCCAGGACCAUCCUCAAUUGCAUCCCCAGGGCCAUCCUCAAUUGCAUCCCCAGCUGCAUCCCCAGGACCAUCCUCAACUUCAGGACCAUCCCCAGGACCAUCCCCAGGACGAGGUCCAGCAGGAGGCCGCCCACAACCUAGCCAGGAUCCGACAGGAACACGAAACGGCCCUCCGGGAGGCCAAGGAGACCCUGCAGAAGCCCCCCGAGGAGAUCCAGCGGGACAUCCUCCAGGAGAAGGAGAAGGUCCUUAGGGAAAAGCUGCACCUCCGGGCCGGGGGCGGGGGGCUGCCUCCCUUCGUGUUCCGGCCCCCCAUCGGGGCCGUGGGGCAGGAGCCCCAGGACCCCAUCAUCCAGCAGAAGAGGGCCAAGGUUAAAGAGAUGAUGAAACAUUCUUGGGAUAAUUAUAAGCGCUAUGCCUGGGGAUUAAAUGAACUGAAACCCAUAUCGAAACAAGGACACUCAAGCAAUUUAUUCGGAAAUAUCCAAGGAGCAACCAUAGUAGAUGCCCUAGAUACUUUAUAUAUUAUGGAAAUGAAAGAUGAAUUCAAGGAAGCCAAAGAGUGGGUUGAGAAAAAUUUAGAAUUUAAUGUGAAUGCUGAAAUCUCUGUUUUUGAAGUAAACAUUCGAUUUGUUGGAGGGCUUCUUUCAGCCUAUUAUCUCUCUGGAGAAGAGAUAUUUCGGAGAAAAGCCGUGGAACUUGGAGAGAAGCUGCUUCCUGCUUUUAAUACCCCCACCGGAAUACCUUGGGCAUUGCUAAAUAUGAAAAGUGGGAUUGGUCGAAACUGGCCUUGGGCCUCAGGAGGAAGUAGCAUUCUGGCAGAAUUUGGAACCCUGCAUUUGGAAUUUAUCCAUUUGAGCCAUUUGUCUGGGAACCCGGUUUUUGCAGAAAAGGUAAUGAAUAUUCGAAAAGUUCUCAACCAGUUGGAUAAACCGCAAGGUCUUUACCCUAACUAUUUGAAUCCCAGUAGUGGACAGUGGGGUCAGCAUCACGUAUCAAUUGGAGGGCUUGGAGAUAGCUUUUAUGAGUAUUUGCUAAAGGCCUGGCUCAUGUCCGACAAGACAGACGAAGAAGCUAAGAAAAUGUAUUUCGAGGCUGUUCAGGCUAUCGAGACCCACCUCAUCCGGAAAUCCAGUAGCGGUCUGACUUAUAUUGCCGAGUGGAAAGGUGGCCUCCUGGAACACAAAAUGGGUCAUCUGACUUGCUUUGCAGGAGGCAUGUUUGCCCUCGGCGCAGAUAGUGCCCCUAAUGACAAAACUGGACGUCACAUUGAACUUGGGGCCGAAAUUGCUCGCACAUGUCAUGAGUCUUAUGACCGCACAAAUGUGAAACUGGGACCUGAAGCAUUCAGAUUUGAUGGAGGUGUGGAAGCCAUUGCAACCAGACAAAACGAGAAGUAUUACAUCCUGAGGCCUGAAGUUCUGGAGACCUACAUGUACAUGUGGAGAUUGACUCAUGACCCCAAAUACAGAAAGUGGGGCUGGGAAGCUGUAGAGGCACUGGAAAAACACUGCCGAAUAGAUGGUGGGUAUUCCGGCCUUCGAGAUGUUUAUAGCAACCAUGUGAGUCAUGAUGAUGUGCAACAGAGCUUCUUCCUUGCAGAGACACUCAAGUAUCUGUACUUGUUGUUUUCUGACGAUGACCUUCUGCCCCUGGAACACUGGAUCUUUAACACUGAAGCUCACCUUCUCCCUAUACUCCGCAAGGAUGCUGAGAAGGAAGACAAACACACAUAAAACGCAGUUCCCAUUUCAUGUUGCUGCAUUCCCUUCAUUUUGCUGCACACCUGAAGAGUUCCUUUCUUGUGUUCAGGCCCAUGGUGUAAUUUUCUUAAGAUGGGAGUGAUUAUGCUACAUUUUAAACCAAUUAUUUUGCAGUCUAUUAUGUUUGCUAGUAAAUAUUUAUAAAUGAACCUAAAUUAUUUAAACUGUAACCUAUAAUUUCCUUGACAUUUGUCUAGCCAAUAGAGCCUAAUUAUUUUAAGGAAACUAACAUCCUUAAAGUUUCCCAAACUGCAGUGUUGUUUUUGCCAAAUACAAGGGUCUGCAUGUUAUCUGUUAUAAUACUUUUGAUUUGACUGCAAAGGUUUUCCUCCUCUAUGAGGAGAUGAUGUCUGCUUGAAGCUGUAAUAUUUUGCCAUGUUGCAAAAAGCCAUAAUGAAUUAGGUAUAGAUUUUUUUUUUCUUUUCAAUUUCACGUUAGUCUGGUUUGACUGUCCAUCCGAGACGAAUCUUGUAACUGUGACAGCCUCCUCUUAUGCGGGUCUAUCAUUAUUUGGUAAAAAGUCUUCUUCAGCAUUUCAUUUACAUUGGAAUCCAAAUCGGAAAAUCCACAUAGAAUUGCCACCUCAUUUUGACUCAUUCGUUUUAGAACUGGUUUGAAGGAAACCUAACCAGGUUCUGCACGUCAGCUGCAUUUUGUGUGUUUUUUUUGGACGUUUAUUAAUAUGUGAAACUCGCCUCAAAUUUUGUUUAGAAUGUACUGUAUUAGUGCAAACUGAAUAGCUUCUUCCUUAACCCACCCUUGGGACUGAGAGUUCUCAGCAAAGAGUUUGCUGUGGAAGCAAACAGAGUUUGCUCCCUCUGAAUUACUGACAGAGGGCCCAGUGUAACUAUAAUACUGGGAGCUCUUUUUUUUCUCACUAGAAAGUAAAAAUCUUUCUAAAGAUAGGCUGAGAAUUCUGAUGGCUUUUGUUUUUUGUCUUUUUGGAAAUCUGUUGGUCAUUGUCUUUGAUUCAAGUCUUGGAAAACAUUCCGUUUGGUCUAGCUUGUGAUCUAAGUCACCGUCAAAUGGAGUGAAGGAGUUCAGUCUAAAAGGUCUUGCCUCAGUAAUAGCAACUCUGUCUAAGAAAAUCUCAUUCUAAUACUAACUGAAAACACUGACUGACUCUGCUCCAAGGCAACCCAAGUUAUAGAAACAUCAUAGUUUUGAAAAAAUCUCAACACAAAAAGCCCAGUAUGACCUCAAGAUGUCCAUGUGCCAAAAUCCCGGGCUAGAUUUUCUCCUUAGUUAAUCCUAUAGACUCUUCUCCAGGAAGAGAUUUUUAGCUGUUAAAAUGUUAUUUGGAUCACCAAAGGAGGAGGGAAAAAAGGUCGAAUUUUUGGAUUUCCAAGCAGAGGUAUUUAUACGAGCAUUCCUACAGAUAUUAAAAAGUAUAAAUUUCUAUUAUGGGAAAUGGAACCGAUCUUCAUAUUCUGGAGUUUGAAUGAAAUUCCCUCACUUGCAACAGCAGAAACACAUCAAAAUGCUAGAUUUCAUUAUUCUGUAGUAAAUGCAAGUGGAGUGGAUCAAAUGCUUCAGAUAUUAUGGUUAUGCACAAAGAAUUUCAAGGCAAUAUAGAAUGCCACGAUCAGACAUAUAUGCCUUCAGUGAAGAGGGUGGCUCUCUGUCUAUCUUUUACACCAGCCUUUUCCCCUACCCCAGAGGCCCCUCUGCCUCUCCUGGAUCCAGCCCUGAUUUGAUUGAACUGAUGUCUGUACAGCUGUUGUUUUCUCAUAGGCAGAAUUGUUACCACAGAUUGUAUUUUCUCCAGACCAGAGCCAAUGGGUGUUUGGUUUCGGAUUUGUUUCAUCAAUCAGUGGUAUUUAUUGAGUGCUUACUGUGUGCAGAGCACAGAACUAAUCUCUUGGGAGAGUGCAACAGUUGGUAGGCACAUUCCUUCCCCACCAGGAGCUUACAGUCUAGAGGGAUCUUCCUUUUGAUUCAUUUACAGUAUGCCAAGGAAAGAGCUGAUGAUGCAUGAAGGCUCAAUAGAAAGGAUCUUUUUUGAAAGAAGGUUGAAUUUAAACUCUGCCGUUCCAACACACUAAUCCACCAUGUGCUUUUAAAGAAAAUGGUCUUCCUUGGCUUCAACUUCCUAGCUAGUGUCAAGUGCUAUAUGCAGAAUAUGUGAUUUUUUCCCUCUACCCUCUUGCAUAAGCCCGCCAUUCUCUUUUACGUUUGAUUGUAAUAUUUUAGGUCCCAAAAAUCAGGAAAUAAUAGUGAUUCAGAAAAAUAUGGGCUGAUAUGUUUCCUUGACCUGGUGUAACCUCCAACUACAUCUUUCAAGUCGUCUCAAUACACGCAAUUUAAUAUGGACAAUUAAGUGUACACUUUCCUUACCAGACUAUUGCCAAAAUUGGACUUUAUGCAUUUAGAUUCUGGUUUUCACUUUACCUUCCAUGGGAUGAGGAAAAAAACAAGAAACUUACUUUCUUGAUUUCUCUAAGCUAUGAUUUGAAAGAGCACAAAGUUGAUAUCUAUUUCUGCAACAGGUAGGGAAUUCAAUUCAGGUUGUAUGUACAAACUGCACUAUAAUGUACCUUUUGUAUCCUGGUGUAAGUAGACAGGAAGAUUGUACUACGUAGAGCUCUGCCGAUGGCAAGAAUAACCUUUUGUAAAUUCUAGAGCAUUGUUUUUAAGAAGAAUCCCAAAACACCAAAAAGUUAAGCAUUACAAGGGAUAGAUGAGUUGUGAAAAUUCAGUAGAAUAAUUUUGAGUUUUGAAGAUUUUAAAGAGAUCUUAAUGGAGAAACCACCUUUCAUUCCUCUUCAGCAUUACAACAGUCAAGUUUACAUCUGGUAAUAUUCUGAAAGGUGAAUAAUGUAAACAGCACUUAAGUUUGUUUUCAUGACAGUUUGCUUUUGAUACAGAUUGUGAAAUACUGCAUAUAUGUAUGUUAAAUGACAAAUUUACGAUAUCUAAUCAUGUUUGUGGUGACCUCAACCUGUUACCCAUUUCUACACAUAAAGAUGGGUUCUGAUUUGUAUAUAAUCCAUUUCACAUUUUUCACCUUUCUAUAAAUCUCUAAUGUUAGCGGGGACGUAUUAGAUCAAGACACAUACUUUAUAAGAACUAUAUUUGUAAAAUUUCUCUAUUGUGAAUAAAGUCUUUUAAUAUAUCUCUUCA